ACGACGAGACCACCACAAGCCGUUUUCUCCUCCCAAACGCGCUCUACCACUACCUCAACCUCUGCCGAUUCCUCCCGGCACUUUCACUUCCUCAUCUGUCAACUGACGAAAACUGCGCGUCCCAAUUACAGAUUCCCGCAAACGUCAACAUGUCCGCCAACCCCUCCCUAGGCAGAAAGGGCAAGCUCAGCGACGCCAAAGCCGCGAAAUCCAUCUCCCACUACUCUGGCCGCUUCACCAAAUGGGACGACCAGACCACCGUGACGGAGGAAGAACGGCUGCGUCGGCAGCAAACGGCGGCGGAAAAUGCUGAAGCAUACUACGACUUCGCCACCAUAGCCAAAAUCCACGGCUGGUCCACGCACCUGCACUACACCCCCUUCGCCCCGCACGAAUCCAUCGACCAAGCCAUGGCCCACUACGCCCACCGCCUCGCGCACCUCAUGAACCUACGGCCGGGGAUGAAAGUGCUGGACGUCGGGUGCGGGGUCGGGGGGCCCGCGAGGGAGAUUGCGAAAUUCGCGGGGUGUGAGGUGGUGGGGAUCAGUAUCAAUCAGUUGCAACUCGAUCUCGCGACGGAGAUGACGGCGCAGGUGGGCUUGGGCGGGAGGGUGACGUAUGUACUGGGGAAUUUCUUGGAGUUGCCGUUUCCCGCGGAGAGUUUCGACGCCGCGUACGCGAUCGAGGCGACGUGUCAUGCUCCCUCUCUGGCCCUGGUGUACGCGCAGGUGGCGCGGGUGUUGAAGAAGGGGGCCGUGUUUGGGUUGAGCGAGUGGGUCAUGACGCCUACAUACGAUGCGGGUGAUGCGAGGCAUGUUGGCGUGCGGAAUCGGAUUGAGAGGGGGAAUGGGAUCUCGAAUCUGUGUUCCGAGGCGGAGUGUCGGCGGGCGCUUGGCGUGGCGGGGUUUGAGGUGGACUUUGAGGAGGACUAUGCGCAUCAUUGGGAUUUCUUGUCGCGGGAGGACCAGCCGAGGAGGGCGCCGUUUUCGGGGGUUGAGGUUCCGACGGAUGGCAUGUAUGCUGCUAAAGCGCAUGUGCCGAGUGUGGCGAUUGAUCCGCGGCCGCCGGUUUUCAGGCCGUGGUAUUACCCGCUCAAAGGGUGGACGUCCAUGACGGUGACGCGGCAGGAUUGGUGGGUGGUGUUUCGGUUGACGCCAGUGGCGAGGUUUCUGUGGUUUUGGUUUUGUGUGGGGAUGGUGAGGGUGGGGGUGAUGCAUAAGGAUCUGAUUGGGGCGAUGAGGGAGAUGCAGUAUUGCGUUGAUAGUGUGGUGGAGGGAGGGGAGAUGGAUAUUUUCUCGCCUUGUUGGUUUUAUGUGGGGAGAAAGGUGAAGGGGGUGGAUGAGGGGGCUAUUGAGGGGAAAAAGAAGAGGUUGGAGGGGGUGGAGGGUUUGAGUGAAGGUAAGGGUGCGAAGGAGGAGUGA